AUGGGUCUUCCCCGGACCGGAUCCGCUUCCCUGGCCGAAGCACUGGAGAUUCUCGGCUACGACGGAGUGUAUCACGGCGUGAAAGCAAUCGACUCGCCGGAAGACUGGAAGGUCUUUGACCGCGCUGCCGAUGCCACGUUUCUCGGUUUCACUCAAGAGGAGUGGAACGAGCUCUACGCGCCAUACGAGGCCACCACGGACAUGGCCUCUGUUUUCGGGACUCAUCUAAUCAAAGCUUACCCAGAUGCCAAGGUGGUCCUGACAAUCCGGGACUUCGACAAGUGGUUCAAGAGUAUGGAUGAGAAUGUCCUGCAGCAGCUUUGGAGUCCGGCUGCCAACUUCUCCGUCAAUGUUAUUGAGCCUAUUCUUGGCUCUCGUGCUGGGCCAGCCUCGCGGAAGAUGAUGCUCGGGUUGUUCGAGGCCAAGAACGUUGAUGAAGCACGCAGCAAGGCAAGGGAGGCAUAUGAUAGGCAUCAUCGCGAAAUCCAGGACUGUGUUCCGGCCGAUCAGCUGUUGAUCUAUCGUAUGGGCGAGGGGUGGGAGCCGCUGUGUGAAUUCCUCGGUAGACCGGUACCGGACGUGGAAUUCCCAAGGGUCAAUGAGGCUGCAGCUCUGAAAGCGAAGAUAGCGGAAAAGGUCAAGCGAGAUAUGUCCAGUGCGGCUUUGACUUUGGCGCCAUAUGUGUUUGGCAUUGGGGCACUUGGUAUUGCUUACUUUGCGGCCACGCAAUACAGCGGUUAG